UCUAGUGUAAUUAACUUGGUUCAGUUCAUGUAUUCGCCGAAAGAUGGCGCUAUAUGUAGUGGCGGAUUGAUCGCAUAGGUUAAGCGGGGUAGUGUUAGUUUGAUGUGUACUGUGUUGAAGUUUUUGUAUUUUCGUUACAGUGAAAAUAAAGUGACAUGAUUUUGAGAUGUUUUGUGUUGACGGUAAUUUAGAACAAAGUUAAUUAGUGCAUGGAGUUUAAUUAAACAUUUCGUCGGUCCCUUGAGGGAUUCGGUAUUUCCUUUCGUUCGAGAAGGGCACGAUGCUCUUUCUAGCUUUGUGAUAUGGUCACUAUGAGCUCCGAUAAGUCGGUUGUCCGACGCAAAGCAGAUUCAAACAAUGGUGCUCAGGCAGCAGGACCUGUGCCUGGUGGUACAGAAGAUACUCCAAAUCAUCUUGUUUACAAAAAAAUGGAGCAGAUUGUUGAAAAAAUGCAGGAUGAAACAACUGGAGUACCUGUCAAAACAGUCAAAAGUUUCAUGUCUAAAAUACCAUCCGUGUUCACAGGAUCAGAUUUGAUAAUGUGGAUGCUAAAGAACUUGGAUGUUGAAGAUCAAGUGGAAGCCCUACAUCUUGCUCACUUGAUGGCGGCACAUGGGUACUUUUUUCCUAUUGAUGACCAUAUGUUAACUGUCAAAAAUGACAAUACUUUCUACAGAUUUCAGACACCAUACUUCUGGCCAUCAAAUUGCUGGGAACCAGAAAACACAGACUAUGCGGUUUACCUCUGCAAGCGGACUAUGCAAAACAAGACACGACUGGAGCUAGCUGAUUAUGAGGCAGAAAACCUGGCACGAUUACAAAAAAUGUUUUCCAGGAAGUGGGAGUUUAUAUUCAUGCAAGCUGAAGCCCAAAGCAAAGUAGACAAGAAACGUGACAAACUGGAAAGAAAAGUACUUGACAGUCAAGAACGUGCCUUUUGGGAUGUGCAUCGGCCCAUGCCAGGGUGUGUAAAUACUACUGAAAUUGAUAUAAAGAAAGCCUGCAGAAUGAAUAAACCAUUGAAAAGUAGUAAGCAUCUACAGUUGGGUGUGGCUGGAGGUCGCAUUUCACCCUCAACAUUGGAAACUGAUCUUGCUACGCCUGUGGAACAUUUAAAGAGACAUAUAGCUAUGCUAAGGAAGCGUUUAGAUAGACGGAAUAUUAAAGUUUCUAAAGUAGCAGAGGCGUGCAUCAGCUACUUUGAACAGUAUAUUGAAUAUGAUCCAUUUUUCACUCCACCUGAGCUUACUAAUCCAUGGAUUUCAGAUAGUACUGAAUUAUGGGAGCAGGAAAAAACAGCGAAAGAAAUUUCUGCUCGGCGAGUAAAACGCUGGGCAUUCAGCCUUCAGGAGCUACUGCAAGAUCCUGUAGGGAAGGAACAUUUCACCAAAUUUCUUGAUAAAGAAUUCAGUGGGGAAAAUCUCAAAUUUUGGGAAGCUGUACAAGAAGUAAAAGCUUUGCCUCAGAAGGAUGUCCAGGACAAAGUAAAUGAGAUUUGGGCUGAGUAUUUGGCACCUGAUGCUAGCUGUCCAAUAAAUGUUGAUUCCCGUUCCUAUGAAAUCACCAAAAAGAACAUGGAAAGUCCCGAUCGGUGGAGCUUUGAUGUAGCUGCAGCACAUGUUUAUCACUUGAUGAAAAGUGAUAGCUAUUCGCGGUAUUUAAGGUCUGAAAUGUAUAAAGAAUUCUUAAAUGGCUCAAAGAAAAAGACAUCUGUGAAAGGAAUUCGCUCAAUAGUUUCUUUCUCAGCUCGUAAGGAAACAACAUCAUCAUAGUAUGGUUUUAUGGGAAGAAAAUAAUUUUCUAAAAUAUAUACAUCGUGAUAGCCACAAGCUGAAAUCAUGAGAAUGGUGGUCAAAUAUUGCAUGAAGAUGGAAUUUUGUACAGAUGUUAGUGAAGGAAACCAUCCGUUUUGGUGUUUGGAUUUCACUAUGCAAAUGGGGUUGUGAACCCAUAAGUGAUAUUUUUGUAACCUGUAACAUCCUUACUUAUGAUGCAGUGAGUACAUGAAUUGAGGUUGCUAAGUAUAAAUGAGAAAUUGCUGUUAAGAACUGUUCUGUUAGAAAUGUGAGUGUAAAUUGAUAAUUUAAAAUUUAGAAUGUAUAGAAGUUAAAUAUGACUGGUGCAUUACAAGACUACUCUUCAUGUAUUAUAAUGGGGACUGUCACUGUCAUGUACAUAAUUUGAGAAGCUUUUUUUGUUGGCAGGCUAUAACCAAAGUUACUCUGUUAUGUGGUAUGAAACUGUUUUCAGCUCUUAAUGCUGCAGAAUAUGUAACAUAUACUUGCAAGAAAUUAGAUUUAUGUACGUAAGCCUUGCCAUAUCUUAUCUUUAUGCUCCCUUAAAACUUAAUAAAGCAUUUAAAAUCAGGAUUUGGGUUUACUGGCUGCACAAAUGCAGUGCUAGUAUUUUGCACAUUUUUUUAAAGCAUAUAUAGUUACUUUGAUUCCAAGAUUCUUUUGUUUUUAUUGUAUCUUUGAUAAUUUUGAAUUUCAUUGUUGCAUAUUAGUACGUCUUGAUAUUGAAAUUAGCUUCUCAUACUCCAUAAUUUAAGGAAGGUACAGCACAAAGUGAAACCAUAUCAAGGAGAUUAAUUUGAGUCACUGCAGUUUUUACCAUGCUGUCACCUGUGAAACAAAGUAUUAAAAAUAACAGUAAGUGUAAACUUGGUAAAUGAGAUUUAGGAUGCUAACAUAGUUGUUAUAUGAUCCUUAUGUGAGGAGACUUAGUAGUCUGACUUAAUAUUUUGUAACUUAAGCACAGAAUUUGUAGAGUCAAGAAGGAUAUGAAACAUUUGAUGUUUGUAUCAUUCACAAAGUGUUCUGCAGUCUACGUGUUUUCUGUUUCCUAGUGCCAUAAUUGGAGUGUCACAAUAUCCAUCCAGUGUGCAACAUGAUCUGUGUCUGGAGACAUUGAUGUAGAUGUGGUUUAAAUAUGCUGGCAAGAAACUCCAAAGUUAUGGAGUUAUCUCUGAGUAUUAUUACUUAAAAUGUAAUUCAGUGUUCAAUAGCAGAUUGAAAUAUUACUAAAUAUCUUCAUUUAUAGUAGCAAAAUGACAGAAAGUAUCAACAUGAAUUUUAGUGGAUAAUGUUGACAUGUUCAAAAUUCAUUUACACUCUGUGACAUGUUGGUUCGUUUACUUCUGUGCUUGAAGCAAUUGUAGAUGUCCACGGGUAGUAUGGUAGUUGGUGUUACAGAAGAAAGCCAAACCCACAGCUGUUAGUCAGCUUUUGAAACUAUUUACAAAAUUAUUGCACAAUAUUGUAACUUAAUUCUGUAUUUCUUGUGUAGCAUUGUUAUUGUGAUUGUUUUUUUCCAUUUAUUGUUUGUUACCGAUUUUCAUAUUAAACUUAAGUGACUAAGAAUCAUCUGUGAUCGAUUUAUGUUCUAUGAAAAGACUGUACAAGUGACAGAAAAAAUUUGCUCAUGAUAAAUAUUAAGGAUACUUAUAUAUGGUGCAUUUUUUGAGCACUUUUAAGUUUUCUUAUUCCUUUUUUGUCUGUUUAUGUUUUUGUUAUAUUUUUUGCUUUUAAGCCAGUCAUUUUACGAAAGAAUACAAUAAAUAACAGUUACCUUGAUUUUGUAAAGUUCCAGUAAUUCUUCAGUUUCAAUUCUAUGGUCACAAUAAAGGAGGAGUGUCAGGUUAAGUGUAUAGGACUCAUCAAAAAAUGUUAACAGUAUGAAUUAGGGGAUGAUAUUUCAAAGAAAGUUUUUUGGAAGUGUCAUAACAGGUCCAGUCUUUUAGAAUGUUCCACAUUUCACUUUUAACAGAUUUCAUAAUUAAAAUACACUGCUUGUUAGUACUUGUAUUCAUUCUUAAGGAGAACAAUGAAAUAUGGCAAUAGAAAGCAUCUAAUCUAUGGUGGGCAGUGAAACAUAGUUUUAAGUUUCAUAAUAAAUGAAGGGAUAUCAUAUCUGUGUCAUUACAGAACCUUUUCAGGCACUUGAUGGCAUUUGACGAAAACAGUUGCAGUGAUCAGUUUGAUUUUUGUGGUUUAGGGAAGAUGUGCUCAAGUGAAUGCUCAAUACCAUGUAAUGGAAAUUUGUUCUCCUAUUUCAUAUAUAGUACUAGAAGUUUUUGUGUUAAAAUUGUUAGCUUGUUUGUUCUACUUACUCCACAACACAACUUUAUGUUCUUUCAUUAUGUUAUGUCACUGAGACACUCAUUUUGUCUCACUUAUUUAGUCCACAGAAGCAUUGUGUGAAAUAUACACUGUUCUCUGACCUCCAUCAUUGAGAAGAUGAUUAACCAGUGCUUACGAUGGCCAUUUAAAUUUGUGCUGUGAAAGAGGUCUGAUGAGAUGCUUGUAAUGCACAAAUAUUACACCUAAUUACACAGGGGUACAAUAAGAAAGGAAAGUGAGAGAACAUUUAUAACAGAUGGUAUCUGAGUUACAGUGAGUGACUUCAUGAAACACAUGUAGUGUGCUCGCAGUUGAGUUUACAGUUUUAGCUGGCAGAUCAGAAACAAACCUUAAAUGCAUGCCCUUAUCAAUGAUAAUAGUAUGUUUUAGAAACACAAAUAUGUCAUAGUGUGUGUGUAUGUGAAACAUUAUGAGAUAGCGACUUGCCUUUUGUGUUAGUUUACCAUAAAAACAGUUUUGUGGUGUUCUUCUGCUAUCUUAUGAAAGAAUUACAUAUCUAUGGUUUUUAUUUUCUUGUAGGAUCAUUUACAUUGUGCAGGGUAAUCUUGCCUUUGGUUGAAUGUAUCUUCCUAAAAUUACAGGUUUUCUUACACGUGUUAUAUGUGGUGUGUUACAUAUUUUAUUAUUUCUGCCACUGAUACAUUCACAAAAGCUGCACAGCAUUCCAUUGCUAACACAUUUAUCAUCACACAUGAAAAAUGUGUACAUUCACUUUUCCAACAAGAUAUGUUAUUUCACAUGGUAAAUUAGAUUUGAAAGAGUGCUUGUGCACCUAAAACUUCUCUCAGUACGGCAGACACUUAUUAUUGCUACCACAUUUCUGAAGUGAUUUACAACUGUCUUCAUUUCACUACAUAUUGCUGAACUUCUGCUUCCUACAAAAUAUCUUAAAUAGAGGUCUUCUCUCCUGUUUCAUUCUGUAGCUAAAAGGUUAUUUAAAUUUGUUCUGCUUCAGUUUCAUAAUCCAUGAUUCAAACACUAAUAAAACUGCAGGCUCUUAAGUUCAUAUUGCUAUUAAAAUAAUAAAUAACUGUGUACUGACUGUUCUAGUGUCAACUGUGUAAGUUUGGUGAUAUUCAAAAUGAAAACAUGCUGUGGAGGAAGCUUCCGUAGACAGCUCGUGACACCUGGUAAUUAACAUUCAUUUAUUAAUCCACUUUGUUGUAUCCCAACUUGCACACCAUCUGAGUGCAUAUUUGAGUGACAGACAUUGUUGUCUUCCAUCUCAAGAUAACUUUUCAAAUUCACUAUGACAGUGGAAUGCUAUGAACUGAACUGCAUGUAAACAAAGACUUCGUGAUAAGGCAUCACCCACCUUAGAGAUGGAGUGGCACAUUGACUUACAACAGUUAAUGAUGGCUAUUGAGCCCUGCAACAGUUAAUGAUGGCUAUUGAGCUUUCGAACAUUUGAAGGGUUCGGUGGUAGAAACUGCUAACACACAAGAGCAUAUUUCGCAUUAUUGCAUGUUAUACAUUUGGUUAAAUUCAAAUGUGAGGACAUACAUGUAAUUAGACAAAGCAAUUUAUACAGUAGACAGUAUAUUCUAACCAUGCAUAUCGAACUACUACUACCUGCAUGUGGUAAAUUUGAAAACACAACAGAUAAGUAAGCAGAUUAAUCCAUACUAAAUAGGAGGGUUUGCACUUUCUUCAACUGGCCCUUUCAUUUGUUCAUUGUGACAACAGAGAGGAAAUUAUGCACAGACGUUUUUGUAUAAUCUGCAUUUUUAAAAUUUUCCUGUUUCUCGAGAAUCAAUUUCCAAAAACCUAGUAGUCAUCACUUCAUUUUAAGUGUCUGUCGGCCACUGGUCACUUUACUCUUAUGGGCAGUUAUUGCCUACACUCUCAGUCAUUUACAUUUGGAAUCCUAUAAUCUAAAACAGGAAUUAUCAUUCCUGAGGACAAAUGAGAUUCAAAAGUGAGUUAAUCUAUGGUUUCACACAUGCGCAGUGAAGGUAAAAUCAUUCAUUAUGAACCAUUUUGAAAAGUUGUUCUCCAUCUACAAAUGUGAAUAAAGAUUAUAUUCUUUCCGAAUUUAUUAUGAAAUUUUACUUUUUAUUUGCAUUUUCAUUCAGAUUUUGAAGAAAAAUGGGUGUAUUAUAGGUCCGCAACAAUUCUGCAUUUGAUGUCAUUGUUUUUAUGUAUAGUAUUUGCCACCUAGUUUAAUAUUCUCCUUAUUUAGUGGCACUUUUACAUCAAGGUGGUGCUUGCCCAUGGCAACUGACUGAAAUAUUUGCAGUCAUAAAUACACUGAGAAAUUCAGUCUUAUGAGAAGCAGCCUCCAUAUGUGAUACUGAAAUGUCACAGAUAACAAAUUUACUGACAUGUAAAUUUAUGGACCUACUUAUACAAAAGCAUGAAAGCAAGUUUUACGAUACCAUCAUAGACAGUAAUAAGAACAAUUAUGUCUUAAUUUUAAUUAGUUUUAACUUGUUUCCUUUAUUAUCAAAGUUGUCAAGAUGUCCCUGCUGCCCCAACCCACCCUCCCCACUCUGCACCCAUCUUUCUCUGCCCUAUUCUUUUAUAUAGUGCCUUUUUUUAAACAAAAUAUUCUUUACUGUAAAAAAAAUGUUACCUUUUUAAGUAUAUGUGUGUCAUUUUGUUAGCCACUCACUCACUCAGGUACUACUUUGUUUCUAAACACUGGUUCAGUAUUCUAGAAAUAAAUCUUGCAAUUAUUUCAAAAGGUAUUUUACAAGAAAUGAUGACUCUCUCUCAUCUUGAUGUUAUUUACAGAAAAUGAUGACUCUGUCUCAUCUUGAUGUUAUUCACACCAAAGGUUACACAGACAAUAUUCUCUCACAUAUCUAUAAAUGAUAUGAAAUCAUAAUAGCAUUUUGUCAAACUUGCUUCCUUUAUUAUAUGUAUAUAUUUUAAGCUGACACACAAACGCAUACUCAUAAACCCACAUCCAUUGUACAUAUUUGCUUACACAAGUGUAAUAAAUGAAAGGGUCAACUGUUUUGACACUAUCUAGAAAUUUAUUCCAAUGUGGCCAUAUUGACAAGUUUUUAAUUAUUUAUAUUAUAAGAUCUCUCAUACAUUCAGUUAUGUAUAGUGGCCAAAUGAGAUAACUGCACACUGCUGCUGUUAUAAAUGUGGUAGAUUCCUUGUACAGUUAUAUGCUGUACUGUUGUAUACUAUCAGCCUCUAAGAAAUGUUCACUUCAUGUACUUUUUAUACUACUUGUUGUUUCUUUGGCUGAAAGAAUAUGUGCAUAUACGAUACACAAACUAUCACUCUAUGUGACACCGUGUAUCCUCAUUAUGUUAACACAUUUUCUGGGUCACAGCUGUUGCUUUACACACUCUUCAAAUUUUCUGGAUAUCUUAAGAUUCAGGCAGAAUUUUGGUUUUUGUUAUAUUUCUGCCAAAAUGUUCAGGAAUUGUUUUCAGCAUUAGUUGCAGUUUAAUGUAAACACUUAUCAUUAAGCACCAACUUUCUAAGGGAUAUCAGGGAUACAACAUAUUGUUUAACUUUUGUUAUUAAUUUUAUCCUAUUACAACUUUGAAAUUAUAUUGUUUCCCUAAAAGUAACCUUUUUACAUGUAUUUUCUGCCUUUGUUUAAAAGUGUAUGAAAAUAUGGAAAAUAUUUCCAGUGAGCUUUGUUUUUAAUUUAAAGAAAAAGCAGUCAUUAUUCCAGCAUUGGCAGAACUGUACACACCGUUAGUGUCCAUGUUGUUGUUCAGAAAUGAUCCCUAUUUCAUCUCUAUAAAAACAGUAAACUGUUGUCAUGUAAUAGAAACAACUAAAAAUUACUUGUCAUUGACAGUUGUGUGUGAAUGCUAAAAUUUCCCAUGUUGUGGUGUCCAACAUAAAGUUACGCUCCUUCAUGUGCAAUAUAACAUUGUUCUUUCACAGUUUGAAAUAACUUUAAAAAUUGUUGUCAAUGAUGUUCUCACAAAGACUUUUACAAUUUUGUUUUGAGUUUUACACUUAUUUACAUUCAAUAGAGCUAAUCCAUGAUUACUAGUGGGCCGUACUAUAAGUCUCCAAAUUUGCUUGGAAAAAUUCUAUAGCAUCUUUGUUGGUAAGAAAUAUGUAUAUGUGAAGCAAAGAUGAAAUUAUUUCCUCAUCUUCCUCUGCCACUACUGAGCAAGACAGUGUAAUGUUAACGCACUGGACUCACAUCUGGAAGGAACAGAAGUCAGACAUUCAUCUGGACAGCCAUGAGUUCCCUAAAUUUCUUACAGAAAAUAUCAGAAAGGGUCCUUCAAAAAGGGAAUGUCUUAUUCUUUUCCUGUCAUUUAUGAGCUUGUACUCUGUCUCUAAUGAUCUCAUUGUUGACUGCUCUUUAAACUCUAAACUUCCUUCAUUUUUCACUCUACUGCUCCAACAAAUUUGUGCUGCCCCCCCCCCCCCCCCCCUCCUUUUCCCAGUUCUCCCCAAUCUCUUCACUCUCUCUCACCUCAUCUGCGUUGUUUAUUGUCUCAUUGUUGCAAGAAUGAAGAAUUGCGACAAAUAGUGCUGUUAAAUUUAUUCAUCAGUUGUGUAUUUUCCAAUUUUAAAUGUUUCUCAAAUAAGAGGAACCAACUGAAAUAAUACAAGAAGAAAAUGAGGAAAAUGGGAAGUAUAAAUAAAGUCAGUGAUUUGUUGUGCUGAAGUAGCAGCAGUUUUUGUUUUACAUUUUCAUAGCAUUCUGAUGAUACAUAUUACCAUGUCCUUCAUUAGAAUUUAAGUGAAGAAUAUCUUUUUGUAAGUCAUGAUGAUGAUAAGGAUGUUACUGUUGGUGUGUCAGUUUCACCACACAUUUUGCAUUAAUGCUUACUCAUAAUAUUUUGUGUGAAACUGUCUGAGCUGACAAAAAGAAUAUUAAAGAAAUGUACAUGUGGAAAUACUAAUAACUGUGUAAUAGUAAAAGUGUGUAAUUUAUUGUUUCUGUAUGUCAGAGUUACAUGAGUAAUUUUUUGUUUCCAGGCGUGGAAGUAGGCAGUAGACUAUUGUCAUUUUGGACACUGUCAUUCGCAUUUCAUACCAUGUGAGCUUUAGUAGUUAUGCUGGCAUUACUGUUAGGUAGUGUAAGAAACAUUCUUUCCAUUACUUGCAUCAUGUGGUUCAUGUAAUAUUUAUUGAAAACUGCUUCUUGUUAAUUUAUAGAAGAAGAAAUGAAAUUGCAGAAUACAUUUUUAAAGUUUUCUUGCAUUAUGUGUUUGACACUAAUGUAUUAACAAGAACACUGAUAUUAUUUUCAUAGUGGAUAUAAAAAGUGUUGUGAAUGAAAAAAAAGGAUAUUUACUGCAUAUAAAUAAGUUUGAAGAUAUUUUUUAAUUGAGAAGUAGAUGUGUAGAGAGGCCUUUUUGUGAUUUCAGAAGUUUCUAUGGAAAUACAAUUUCUAGAAUUACUGUUGAAUUUGUUCUACUUAGUUUUUUAAUGGACAGAUUGCUAAAAUUGGCAUGGUCUGAUAUUUUAAAAGUUUCCAUUAAAAAACUUAAGAGUAAACAUGUUCAACUAUCUAAUACGGGUAUUUAAAAUGAAGAUCAGACUUUCCAAGAGAAGCUUAUGAUGUUUUAUGCUUAGUUACACAUAUUUCUAAUUAUGUGAAUUAAUAAAUAUGUUCUCAGAUGGGGUUCAUACCCUAAAAUUCUGUACAUGGUACUGAUUUUUAAUGUGACUUUUUUACUACAUGUUAAGAACUUGUCCAUGCAGAGCUGUAGUGGCAGUAUAUUGCAGUGUGUUUAAUAAAAAGACAUUAAAAUAGUUAAAGAAAACUGUUUGUCUGUUCAAAAGUAGCAUUAGUAUUACACUUUUCAAUUAGCACAUAGUUAAGGAAGUAAAACUCACAUCUGAUCCUGUAAUAGUUUGUGUAAAUCAUCCAGAAAAAAAGAGUGCCUCUAUUUCUUACACAUAAACAUCAUACUCAGAAGAUGUUUUAGAUGUCACUGUGUAGAAUGAAAGUAACCUGUCUGAUGAAGUCCACAUUGGCGAACUUAUAGGCCUGAUGAUUGUAUAUCAAACCACAGGUUUCACAUCUGGUUUAAAUAAUUGAACUUAGGAUGAAAACCUAAUUUGUGACAAAUGUUAACAUUGAUGUUGCUUCUGGUGGUCAUCUUAUGAAAGUAGUGUUAAACAUGGUAAAAACACAAAGGAACAAUUCUUGAU